GGCCAAACGCCUAUUUAAUAACUCCUUUUUGUUUGCUUAGUCUCUCUCUCAUUCUCGCCCUCAUCCCAUACUCUCUGGUCAGCAUUUGCUUGAGAAAACCUUAUCAGCAUUUCCACAUCCAAAAAAAAAAAACAAAUCUUUUCAAUGGAUAACAAUCUGAAUCUUGCAAACUUGAAACAACAAUUAGGUGAUGAAGUUGUUGUAGUCAUGGUUCCAUUCCAAACUCAAACCCAUCUUGACCCUUUUCUCCAAUUUGCCUGUUUAAUCGCUUCUUAUGGUCUCUCUGUUCACUAUCUCAGCCUACCCAAUUACAAUAAUGACACCAGGAGUCGUGCCACAGCGUUAAAUCCUUCCGAUUUAGUCAAAAUUCAUUUUCAUGACCUCCAAAUGACUACUACUCCGCUCGACCCUGAUAUCCCGAGCGAAGUACCUAAACACUUCCACUUAAUGUGGAAUGUUUGCAUGCGUCUUCGCGAGUCCACUACUUCCUUCUUACGUGAUAUUUCGUCUAAAUCAACAAGAGUUGUGAUGAUUCAUGAUUGUCUAAUGUCUUAUAAUGUUCAGGAUAUUUCAUCUUUCCAUAAUGCAGAGUCAUAUAUCUUUAAUCCUGUAAUUUCGGCGUUUGGUAUGUAUUGUGAUCACAUAUUCCCUAUUGUGGGAUUGCCUAUCCCGCUUGAACAACAACUACUUCAAAGGCUACCAUCCUCUGAAGGAUGGUAUUGCGAUGAAAUCAUGCGGAUAUCAUCUUUUCUAGUUCAGUUUAUAGGGAAUAGCUCCGCCGGUGACAUCAAUAAUACAAGCAAAGUUAUGGAAGGUACUAAUACUUUUAUUGACUUGCUUGGAAUUGGACAAAACAAGAAGCAAUGGGCAGUAGGACCGGUUCUCCGGCCUAUUAAGAAAGAAAAAAACAGAUUCCCCUGUUUGGAUUGGUUGGACAAACAACCUCCAAAAUCAGUUCUUUUCGUAUCUUAUGAAAUAUUGAUUUCAUUUUCUGAUGAACAAAUCAAGGAGCUCGCCAUGGGUUUAGAGCUUAGCAAACAAAAGUUCAUAUGGUUGUUGAACGAGCCUGAUAAUGGAGAUAUUUAUAUGAAGGAAGACCCUUAUAGAAAAUUUGAGUUUCAUGCAGGGUUUGAGGAAAGAUUAAAUGGAAUCGGGUUACUGCUAAGAGAUUGGGCACCACAGACAGAAAUCUUGGCUCAUUCAUCUAUUGGCGGGUUCUUGAGUGCGUGUGACUGGACUGCUUGUGUAGAGACCAUUACUUUGGGAGUCCCAAUAAUUGCUUGGCCUACACACUCUGACCACCCCAAAAAUGGUUUUUUGUUGACGGAAAUAUUGAAAACAGGCCUCAUCAUUAAGGAGUGGGACCAGAAACGCGACGAGGUGGUCACUGCAUCCACCGUUGAUAAUGUCGUGAGGAAGUUAAUGGCAUCGGAAGAAGGAGACGAGAUUAGGAAAAGAGCAAAAGAACUGGGAGAAACCGUGAGGCAGUCCACAGAGAAAGGGGGUGUUUCUCGAAUGGAAUUGGAUUCAUUUAUCGAGCAUAUCACUAGAUAGAAAGAUAUGCUUAAUGUUCUUUCAAACAUGUUGAAUUAUCUGUUGUUAGCUCAAUGUACUACUAUUUUGAGUGAGCUUGUAGAAUAAGUAUAGACAUUGUAUGAAUAAUGUGGCAGAAUACAUGUCUUCCCUUUGUAAUAAAAAAAAAAAUUGGUGUUUCAUGUAGCAUAACAUGAAUAUUAUAUGCUAAUAUUUUUAUCUUUUUAUGUAUAA